GCUACAAGUGCUCUGUAAAUGUUCUUUAUUAUUUAUUUUACUUAACAAAUUUACUGUGAAUACAUUUAUUUAUUUACGCGACAAUGUACAAGAUAGGUGUCAUCAUUUUGCUGUGUCUGUGCUGCUUUAUAACCACAAAACCUCUGCACCGAGAUCAUCGCAAUGGGCACACAAAUAUGUCCCACACUCUAUUGUCUGGCAAUCAAAGUGCACGUUUCUUGGAUGAUUAUGAUUUGGGUUUGAGCGAUCAGUCGAAGGAUUCGAUAAGUGCCGGUCGUGGCAUUCGACUCUUUCAAUAUCCACCCAUGCACAAUGAGCAAACGGCCAAGCCGGAGGACACGACAAUGAAGCCAAAGAAGGCGCAGACGAAGAGGUUAUCCAGGAGCACUGAGACUGCACCGAGGACCGCUGCCACCAAGAACUUUGUACAGCUCUGGGGACUGUCCGUGGAAGAUGAAAAACUCAAGCCAAGAGCCAGGGAUGUGGUCGAUGCUCAAGCUGAGGAGACGCCAGAUGGCGAUGGGCUUGCGGCGGAACAGGAAGACGGCGACGAUGACAACGAGGAGGCAGCCGAGAGAGAUGAGGAUGCACCCAGAGAAGAAGCAUUAACCAAAAAUGUAAAGCUGGUGCCGAGGCCUACAACAGCAGAGCCAGAGCUUGGGCUAGAAAAAGAAACACAAAAGGAAGACGACGUGGAACGUGAUGACAAUGAGGCGGAUGACAAUGUACUCAAAAGACUGGAUAAAUCACGCAAUGACGACGCUGACAAAGAUGAUGCUGAUGUGCUUGGCUUCAAGAACCUUUUGACACCGAAGUCACUGAUGGGCGCGGAAGUUCAGGCCAGACAGGAGGAGGGCGGCAAUGAUGAAGUCACUUAUGCCAACAAUUGGCAGGACACGCGCAGGGAGGAGUGGCGCAGUGCGCUGGCCCGUGCCGGCAUCAUGUCCAAUCCACUCUCCGAUUACUAUCCAUCGAACACGAAGAACCUCAGCACGGUCUGCGCCCUCAAGUCAUCGAUUAUGAAUUUCCCCAAGGUGUUCAAGUGGCUGCACAAGAUGAUCCUGAAUAUCACAUACCAUCAGCGGCCAGUCUUCACCGAGCUGCGGCACGAGCUCUACGAUUUCGGCAAGUCCGAACUGUGCCACACAACCGAAAUGACCGAUUGGGAAAAGUAUCAGACCUGCGCCCUUAUUCGCAAUCAGCGCAUGGAGUACAUGAUUCCACACUAUCCGCUCCACCAAGUUGGCUAUCGGCUGCUGUUCAAGGCCAAGAGGGAUUAACACAGGA